UGUGUGUGUGUGUGUGUGUGUGAAGUGAAACUCAGGUCUUGUUCAGAGUGAGACUGAGGGAGGACAGAAGGAGACUUAAACAUGGCUCCCGGCUCCCCGCUGCACUUCUGCCUGUGUGUGAUCCUCACCGCGCAGACCUGCUGUGGAUUUAACCUGGACCUCCGCUUCCCCGUCAUAAAGGAAGGAAGAACCAAAGGCAGCUUGUUCGGGUUCUCUGUAGCGCAGCACCGGCUGACGCAGAAGCCCAGGAAGUACCUACUCCUGGCAGGUGCACCCAAAGAUAAAGCCUUAUCAAAGCUCAAGGUAAAUGAGACCGGAGCCAUCUACUCAUGCCCCAUCACCACAGACCCAGCGGACUGCACCCGAGUCGACUUCAUCACCUCAACGGAUUCAUCCGAGAUGAUAGAAGGCAUGUGGCUUGGAGUGACCGUAGCCAGUCAACGAGAGCAUCCUGGUGGACGAGUAUUGGCAUGUGGCCACCGCUAUGUGAAGAUAGUGCAGGGCGGAGGAGAGGAACAGCGGCGGAUGGUGGGCAAAUGCUUCGUCCGGGGUAACGACCUGAGCUUUGACCGCGAGGACUUGUGGCAGGACCACUCGUAUGAAGUGUGCAACCCCAACACAGACAUGGACAUGGAAGGCAUGUGCAGCAUGGGCAUUUCUGCAGGCAUGACGGACAGCGAUGUCUACAUCGGCUGCACGGGGAGCUUCGAAUGGCAGGGCAAUGUGCAUGUUACCUGGAGAGACACCAGCCCAGGGAACUCCUGGGAUUACAGUGAAAAAGGCUUUGAAUUUUUGAACAAGCGCAACAGCUACAUGGGCUAUUCUGUAACAGAAGAAAUGAAGUUGUUGAGCAGAAAAGAGUACACGGUGGUUACAGGGGCGCCAAGAGAUGACUCCAGGGGUUCAGUGACGCUGGCUGUGAAAAGGUCGUUAAAGCUCGAGCCUGUGAUUGUGAUCCCAGGAGAGCAAGUGGGCUCUUACUUUGGGAGCAGUAUAGCAGUGGCGGAUCUCAACAAUGACGAUUGGAAUGACCUGAUAGUGGGAGCGCCGUUCUAUUUCGACCGCUACAAAGAGCACGGCGGAGCGGUGUACAUUUUCAUGAACGAAAACGGAUCUUUCCAGAACAAGUCCAGCAUCAUCCUGAACGGUGAAAAGGGUUCUGCGUUCGGAUUCGCUGUGGCAGCUAUAGGAGAUAUAAAUCAGGAUGGAUUCCAAGAUUUUGCAGUUGGCGCACCGUUCCAUGAUUCAGGAAAAGUCUAUAUAUGGACAGGGAGCAAGGAGGGAAUAACGACUGUUCCCAGUCAGGUUAUUGAAGGGAAGUCUUUGGGAUCUGGUGGAUUCCAGACGUUCGGCUAUUCCCUCAGCGGAGGCAUGGACAUGGACGGCAACAAAUAUCCUGACAUCCUAGUCGGCUCUCUCGAUGACCGUAUAGCACUGUUGAGGGCGCGUCCAGUUAUCCAUUUAUCCAAAAACUUCACAGUAGAGCCAAAGAUUGUGGAUCCCAACCAGUGCAUGGACCCUUGUAUAACAGCGAAGAUGUGUUUCACUUAUACGAUGAGCAAUGGAAACCGUAACUUUAAAAAGGACAUUACUGUUAAGUACACUGUAGAGGCAGACCGCAACCGGCGAAGCCCAAGAGUGCAGUUCAUCAAUGGCAAAAGCACAUACACAGGCCUGUUGUCCUUCUCAUCUCCAACCUGCCAGGAGCUAAAGCUUCGAGUAAAUGAGCAGGUAUCAAAUAAACUGGAGCCGAUUGUGUUCCUCCUGAAUGUUUCUCUGAGCGACGCUGAGGUGGAGCCCCAGCAGACGCUACAGGACCUCGAUGCAUUCCCCAUGCUCAGUGGCCAACAACAGCUGACGGAGAAAACCGAGAUUAACUUCCAGAAGGAGUGUGGCUCCGAUAACAAAUGCAGCAGCAAUCUGCAGGUGAAGGCUCAGUUUGCCAGUGAGCAGCAAAGUGUGUUCCCCAGCGUGGAUGAUAGACAGACGAUGGAAUAUAACAGCAGUGUGAAGAAGCUGGUGCUGUUAGUGGAGGUGAGCAACGUGCCUGGGAACAACAAGCCAGCCGAGGACGCACAUCAGGCCAUGCUCAACAUCACCGUUCCCCCUACACUCACCUACUCUGGCUUUCGUUCCAAGGAAAUCGAGUGUAAUGCUAACAAGACUGUACUGUGUGAUCUUGGAAAUCCAUUUAAGGGCAACAGAAAGAUUUCCUUUCAAAUUAUAUUCGAGACUUAUAUUACACUGUACACAGAUCAGAUCGUGCUGCAGCUGCAGCUGUCUACUCUUAGUGAACAGACCGAUCUCUUUCCUGUCCCAGUCACCCUGAAUGUGGAGAACACAAUCCUCACCUCUUUCUCUAUAGAGAACUCAGUGGUGAACACUUACUUUAGUGGUGAAGUGGUGGGCGAGUCCGGCAUGAACAGCACAAGUGACAUCGGCAGUCUAGUGGAGUACGUCUUCCAGGUGAACGUGGUGGGAGAACCAUUAGGAAUGUUAGGAACUCUGGUGAUGGAUUUCCAAUGGCCGUUUGAAGUGACAAACGGUAAAUGGCUGCUGUAUCUGACAGAGAUCUUAACCGGUGGGACGUCUGAGUCGCACUGCGUUCCUCCCGGACAAAUUGUAAAUCAUCUGAACUUAACACUGGCAAAAAAGAGUCCGAAACGGCCUAAGCGACACUUGGACAACAGCCUGCCCCUCACUGAAGCAGCUGUAACCCUUCUCACUCCACGCAAAGAGACCUACCUGAUGGACUGUGCGAUGCAGACGGCUCGCUGCGUGACCUUCUCGUGCCCCCUGAGGAACAUGUCUACUUCAGCCUCUCUCACCAUCAGAGCUCGUGUGUGGAACAGCACCAUGCUGGAGGAUUUCGCCAAUGCCUUUCGGGUGACUGUGAAAGGGAACGCCAUGCUGAGACUGGAGACAGACAAACCCACCAUCAAGAUGAAAGCUGAAACUCGAGAGUUUACGGUGAACAUUGAUCCCAUUCCAGGAGAAGAAACCCCAUAUAAUGUUCCAUUAUGGAUAUACAUCAUUGCAGGCGUAGCAGGAAUCCUCUUAUUAGGCAUCAUCAGCCUCAUCCUGUGGAAGUGUGGGUUCUUUAAAAGAGCUGUCUACUACAAGGUGAUGCCUAAGUACCAUGGAGUGAAAAUACGCAGGGAGGAGAGGUACAAGUUGAGCAGGGCUUUCCAGCCCGAGCACGAGCUCAACAAAAAACUCUGGGUCACCAACUGGACAGAAGUGCAAGAAUAUUACUACUGAACUUGGAAAGCGUCCGCUCGGCUGCUGGUUUAAAGGAAUGCCAUGGCUGAAAGUUACCCUAAAGGGACUAAAUGGAACAGACUCUGGGGUUUUGGCUUUUUUUUGGGGUCAACACUGAUGAACUACAUAAAGAACUGAGGACCUUUGGGAAUAAUGUUGUUCUUCUUGUUGUUGUAGUUGUCUGGUGCGAUAUUGUGUCACAGAUCAACAAGUGUUCUGCAUUCUCUUGGGCACAUGUACCUUUAACAUUUUUAUUGAUUUUUUUUUAUUGAACCAAUUGAAGAACAUUUCCCCAAAAAUAGCUUUUGUGUAUUAUUAUUAUUAUUAUUGAUAUUAGUUUGUUUUUUUUAUGUACUGUAUCACGGAUGAUGCUCACCCUCGGACUGACACUGUGAGAGACAUUUCCGCAGUCUGAGAUUUAACUAUGAAUUAUGAAUUAUUGUACAGAGUGCCAGUUUCGUAGCAAGUAUCUCCUUUUUCUUUUUGGCCCAAAAGACAUCAAAGACACAAUGACACUGCCUGGUAAGGAGGCACAGUGAAUUAUAGCACAGGGACGAGUAUAACACAUCACUGAAACUAUAUUUAUUUUUAUACAUGUAUGUACAUACAGUAUAUGACUAAUACGAGUCAAUACACUGGAAAAGACUCUAGAACGUUGCUUUUUUGUGUCUCUGUUAGCUCGUAGUGCACAGCGAGAGUUUAAUUCCAGUUCAAACUUGUUUUUCUUUUUUGUCGUUCCAUGAAAAAACCUCCAUCAGCUAAUUUGUGACACUGUCAUUAGUGCUGUAGCAAAUAGAAGAAAGUUGAGUAAAUCAUUACACUAGGUCCAAAUCCGGCCCACGUUUAAUAUUAUAUCCAGAAAUGAUGAUUCAGUAAUUCGUAUAAGGGGCAGAGAGUACUUGUGGUUUUUCUUUUUAUAAGUGCCAGAUAUUAAAAUGUUUUGUACAUAAAUAUAUUUGUUAUUGCCUUGUUAUUGC